AUGUUUUUGAAUUGUUCAAUUUUACGCUCGUUUUUGCCGCCUGCCUGGUUUGUUUUGGUCUAUCGUCCGCAUGCCUGAUCGCCUGGGGAAAGAAAAGAAGUAAUUUGUAGCUAGAAAGCAGGUGUAUUUUCUUUAAUUUUCACUCUAAAACAUUAUAUUCAAGGCUUACCUACAUCCAGUUGCUUAGGAGUCUAUUUAAGGAGCAAGACAGUUCGGAGAGUCCAGUCGUCAACCGUGCUCCGUUACAGGACAUCAAUCAGAUAUUGCCUAGAAACUUGAAUGCGGCAGAUCAGAUGCUGCCUGAGGAUCCAAUACCACAAGACCAGAUGCCUGAUAAUAAUGAAGAUGAGAAGGAAAAACCUGUGAUGGAGACUUUACCUUUGGACUGUACUCCACUGCAGAACAUCGACCAGAUAAUUCCUCCAAUUUUAAACGGGUCUGCGGAUAAGAUACUCCCUGAUCCAAUGAUACAAGAUCAGAUGCCUGAAAAAUUUGAAGACGAUCAUCAGAAAAAUGAUAUUGAUUCAGACUACGAUUCAGAUAACACAGUGUGCUAUACUACCGAUGAUUUGCCGUCUCUGCCUCUACCUGAUUGGACAUCCAAUAAUGAAGAUUCAAACGGAACUGAAAAUUAUGACAACUACAGUCCAAAAUCACAUCCAGAUGAGUGGAGAAAUAUAAUUUCAAAAAGUCACGGAAGCGAUGGAAAACAUAGUUCCAAUAAAUUAUCUAUGGAUUCCAUAGACAAUAUCAGUAUUAGUACGGAUGAGAGUUUAAAGUCUCCGAAUUACUUUAGUGGCAUUUUGGACAGUCACGAGUGGAAUACUGAUGAUGAGCACUCUGAGUCUGAUGAUUGUGGCAGCGAAGCUUUGGACAGAGCACUGAUUGAACUUUUGGGUAGACCUUCGAGUUCGAGGCCUGCAGCUCAGGGUGGUGGGGAAGGAAAUGUGGUGAGGAAACGGAAAGUUCCCAAUCGGCCCCCGAAGCCGGCCAAGCGAGCGCGUCAUCGCUUUGACAGCUUUGGCGAAAUGUAUAGUGAAGAUGAAUCGCAACAUGGGUUACUUGGGCAGAUCAACAAGGUUGUGACAGGCGCCGCGUCAAGGUCUGAUGAGAAGAAGUCUAACAAAGUUAAGAUACCGAAUGCUCUAGAGGAAGACGAAGAAGAGUACGGGGUGGCCGAGGUCUAUGACGACUAUAUGCCGCUAAAAUUAAAACUAGGCUGCCAGCACCCAGAUCCGGUCGUGGAGACCGCAUCCCUGGCGUCGGUGGAACCCACAGACAUCACACACCAGCUGGUCCUGCCAGAGGAGACCAUAAAGCAGGGGAAGCUGUCCGCUUUGCAGCUGGAAGCGGUGGUGUACAGCUCUCAAGCGCAUGAUCACAUGCUGCCGGACGGAUCCAGGGCGGGGUUCCUCAUUGGGGACGGUGCCGGAGUAGGCAAAGGCCGUACAGUAGCCGGUGUGAUCCUGGAGAACUGGCUGCGUGGCAGGAAGCGAGCCAUCUGGGUCUCCAUCUCCAACGACCUGAAGCUGGACGCCGAGCGAGACCUGAGCGACAUCGGGGCCGAAGAUAUCAAAGUACACUCCCUGAAGGAUUACAAAUACGUUCAGCUGUCACACCAACCGGAGCUGUCACAAGGCGUGAUGUUCAUGACGUACUCAGCUCUCAGCAGCCGAGGACGAGCCGGGAAGGUCACGAGGCUGAGGAUAGACCAGCUCUUGGAGUGGUGCGGGGAUCACUUCGACGGGGUCAUCGUUCUUGACGAAUGCCAUCGUGCCAAGAACCUUUGCCCGCCUGGUGGCAAAGGCAAGCCCACGAAGACUGGCCUCAGCGUGUACAAGCUCCAGGAGAAGCUGCCCAAAGCUCGAUUAGUUUACGCUUCCGCCACCGGCGCCACUGAGCCCAAGAACAUGGCGUACAUGGUCAGGUUGGGGCUGUGGGGGGAAGGCACCGCGUUCCCGACUUUCUGUGAUUUCAUCAAGGUGGUGGAGAAAGGGGGCGUGGGUGCCAUGGAGAUCGUGGCCAUGGACAUGAAGCUGCGGGGCAUGUACAUCGCGAGGCAGCUCUCGUUCCGCGGCGUCACAUUCCGCAUAGAGGAGGUGCCUCUCGGAGACGACCUGAUGAAGGUCUACGACGACUCUGUCACUUUGUGGGUGAGAAGUAAGAACGAGUUCAAACGAGGGUUGGACCUGUACUUCACCGUGGAAGAAGAGGAUCCGAAGAUCAGGAAAACAAUGUGGGCCCAGUUCUGGGGCGCGCACCAGAGGUUCUUUAAAUACCUCUGCAUAGCUGUCAAGGUGGACAAAGCCGUAGAAACGGCCCUGAAAGCGGUAGAGCAAGGGAACUGCGCAGUGAUCGGGCUGCAGAGCACGGGAGAAGCUCGCACGCUGCAGCAGCUCGAGCAGCAAGAGCACGAGCUCGCGGAGUUCCUCAGCACGGCGCAGGGCGUGUUCAAGAAUCUGGUUGAGACACAGUUCCCUGGAACCAAAAAGCGUGUGUCCAACGCUUCGGUCGCGAAACGAUUGAGAGAAGCCCAGUGUGAACUGUUGGCGGGCAUAGACAAGCUGGGCGCACGUCUGCCGCGCAACAUGCUCGACGAGCUCAUAGACAAGCUGGGCGGCUCCGAGAAAGUGGCCGAGUGUGAACUGUUGGAGGGCAUAGACAAGCUGGGCCCACGUCUGCCGCGCAACAUGCUCGACGAGCUCAUAGACAAGCUGGGCGGCUCCGAGAAAGUGGCCGAGAGUGAACUGUUGGAGGGCAUAGACAAGCUGGGCGGCUCCGAGAAAGUGGCCGAGAGAAUUAUAGUAUUACACAGUGGCGACAUCUCUACGCCACAAGUCUCAACGGCCAAUCACAGUGAACUGUUGCACAACAAGCUGGGCGCACGUCUGCCGCGCAACAUGCUCGACGAGCUCAUAGACAAGCUGGGCGGCUCCGAGAAAGUGGCCGAGUGUGAACUGUUGGAGGGCAUAGACAAGCUGGGCCCACGUCUGCCGCGCAACAUGCUCGACGAGCUCAUAGACAAGCUGGGCGGCUCCGAGAAAGUGGCCGAGAUCCAGAGUGAACUGUUGGAGGGCAUAGACAAGCUGGGCGCACGUCUGCCGCGCAACAUGCUCGACGAGCUCAUAGACAAGCUGGGCGGCUCCGAGAAAGUGGCCGAGAUGACAGGGCGCAAGGGCCGGCUGGUGAAGACCAAGGAGGGCGGGCGCGAUGUGGUGGCGUACCAGGGCCGCUGCGAGCCCCACUGCGCGCUGGACUCGCUCAACGUCCUGGAGAAGCAGAGGUUCAUGGCCGGGGAGAAGCUCAUCGCGGUCAUAUCGGAGGCGGCGUCCAGCGGCAUCUCAUUGCAGAGUGAUAGGAGAGUUCAGAACACGCGGCGGCGCGUGCACAUAACGCUGGAGCUGCCGUGGUCGGCGGACCGCGCCGUGCAGCAGUUCGGCCGCACGCACCGCAGCAACCAGGUCAACGCGCCCGAGUACAUCUUCCUCAUCUCCGACCUGGCCGGCGAGAGGCGGUUCGCAUCAACCGUAGCCAAAAGGUUGGAGUCACUCGGUGCGCUUACGCACGGCGACCGUCGCGCCACUGAGACCAGGGACCUCAGCCAGUUCAAUAUUGAUAACAAAUAUGGUAAAGAUGCUCUCACAGCGGUAUUGCACGCAGUACGCGGCGGUCACCGGCGGGUGGAGCCGCCAGCGGAGCCGGCCGGCUUCCUGCCGCGAGCGCGGGCCGCGCUGGAGAGCGUCGGCCUCGUGGACCCCGGGCGCGGGGGGCACACGCUCGCUCAAGUCGUGGCGACGGCUGAGAACUGCAACAUGUCUAAAUUCCUCAAUCGGAUCCUGGGCGUGAAGGUCUCGCUGCAGAACAGCCUCUUCAAAUACUUCGUGGAUAACCUUAACAUGGUCACCGAGGAAGCUCGCAAAUCUGGGACAUACGAGCAGGGCAUCGUGGACGUGCGCAGGGCCCGCUGCGCGCGCGCCGUGCGCGUGCUGCGGAGGCUGGCCGCGGGCGCCGCCGCGGUGACGCUGCACGCGCUCAGGGUCGAUCGCGGCAUGGACUGGGAUUCGGCUUUGCGUAAGCAUUCAGCUUGUUCCGGCACGUUCUACGUGGCGAAGACGAGCUGCGGGGGACGCCGCAACAUUUUGUUGUACGUGGCCGACCAGGGCAAAUCGCAGAUAUACAGGCCAGGCACAGGUCUUCAACGCGCCGAGCCACUGUCAGAGAUCGAGAGGAAGUACGACAGGGUCCAGGGGAACGACUGGCUGGAUCGGGCCAGAGCCUUGUGGAGUACAAAUCAUGAGGCGGCGAAAACUGUGUGCUCACACGCCUUCUUCAGGACCUGUCACGCUGGCUGCAAGUGGGGCCUGCGCGAGCGCACGUAUCACGUGCUGGCGGGCUCCGUGCUGGCCGUGUGGGACAAGCUGGAGUUCCAGCGGAUGCAGGUGGUCAGGGUCAAGACUGUGGACUCCGCCAGGAUCGUCGGUACAUUAAUCCACGCGUCAUGCGUCGACGCAAUAGAGAAAUCCCUGAAAGCCGACGCGAUUUCAGUCACCGUACAUACGGAACCAUAAUCACACUGGUCAUGACAAACAAACACAUUGUGUUAUUGUAAAAAGUUACCGAAUUGAGGAAAGUAAACCUUUCUCUAAAAUAAAAAAACGCCUUUUUAGUUUUUUAUAAGGGAUAUUAAAGCAUUAUUAAAUGUCAGACUGUCAAAGAAAUUAUUAACAAACAUGUAUGUACACGUUUGUAUUUAUAUAUAUCAUUUAAAGCAAUUGAGCAGAGUUAUUGAAAAGGGGAUACCAUGAACAAAAUAAUGGUAUUGCAAGUAUAAAGGCUCUAGCACACCACAAGAAGAAGCAAUGCAGUCUGAAAGCGGGCCCGCACCAAUUUGUAUUGCGAGAUCAAAUUGAAUAGCGGGCCUGCGCUCUAACUGCUCUGCCGCCGCGUCGCGAUGUGACUACUUAGAAAGUAACUUUUUUCAUUUUGAAAGUAAGUUUUUUCAUUUUGAAAGUAACUUGUAUUUCACCUUGGUGCGGGCCCGCAUUAGAACUGCGCUGUUUCUGACCCGCUCUUGGUGUGCUGGAGCCUUGAGCUAUUAAUGUUACGUUUUGCUUUACUUUUACUUAAAAAUUAAAAGACUUUGUCAAAAUAUGUUUAUCAUUUUCAAUUCUGUAUCUCGAUUUGAUUUACCAGUAAGUUUUUUUUUAAUUGUUAAUUUUUGUGUAAUUAAAUUUAAUUUUAAUUAUAAUUUAUCUUUAUAAAACUAAUUUUGUGAUUUGUUACUGUUAGUUUGUUCAAUAUCACUCUUUAAAAUAUUUGAAAAUUAAUUUUGUAAUUUUUUAUUCACAAAAUGACAAAGAAUUGAAAGAUGUCGGUUUUAGAUAACUUAUCGCUCAAUGAAAAAAUUUCAAUUGUCGAAUGUGCCUUUUUCUCACCUAAAAUUACCAAAGUUGUUUAUAAUACUUGUUGAAUAUACCUUUCUGUUAAGGUAUUGUUACGUUUAUACAUACAUAUAAUGCAUGCAAGGGAUAUAGACGUGAUUAUAUGUAAGUUUAUAGUUUUUAAAAAUGUGAUCCUUAGAUAAGUAAGUGCCGCAGAUGUUACCAUAUUUAACGGGCGAUUAUUUUUAUCAAUAUCGGAAUUAGUAUGUGAGUAAAAUUUUCUGAACUUUUUUAUUAUGGUUUAUGUUCCUAUACCUAUGAUAGGAUUUUUAUACCAGAGCGAAGGUCUUAGCUCAAUAUAUGGCUUAAUUUCUUCAUAAUGUUCUUUCAAUUUGUCUGUGUGCAACACAAUAUUUUUUACAUUUUGUAAUCUUUGUACUAACAGGUAUAUUAUUAUUUUAUUUUGAUUAAAAUUAAUUCAUUUUGUAUGGUUGAUUCCAAACCUGUGAUAUGAGAUUUCACCUCAGUUGAUAAUUAAUAAGGACCAAAAUUAUUCCGAUUUCUUCAGACUGGUUGUAAUUUUUUGUGUCUAAAUAAGUGCUAUUUUAUUUAAUCACUUUAAUGAUCCAAAAUAAAUGUAAAGACUGAAUUGAAAACUCUGAAAUUUUAUUAA